GACUAUCAACCAACACAGCAACAAUUCAAACAACCACAUUUUUUGGACUUUCGAAUUUCUGAUGAACCUUGUGUGCAUCAAGCAAUUGAUCAUAAUAUUUUUCGGUUGUUAAAUACUCUUGAAGGUGACCGAAAUAUUGAUUAUGUUUGUCAUACAGCAUUUCCAAAGGUUGUGGGUGAAUCAGAUUUCAUUUGUCAUAAGGGAUAUAAGGGAUAUGUACCUGGAGAUGGAAGUAAUUCUAUAAUCCACAUUAUAAAACAAAUUUAUGGCUACAUGGCUGCAAAUCAUCUUCAAUAUGGAGUGUUAGCAACUUAUGAUCAAACUUGGUUUCUCAAACAAUCAUAUGAUGAAGAAAAUCUUGGUAAACUGUAUAUCUCACCAUCUAUUGGUUUUAAUUUAAAACAACCAACCAUUAUUAAGGCCUAUUUAUAUGUGCAGCAUCUAGCAGAACAAUCACAAUAUUGCCCUUCUCCACCACCUUCACCAUUACUUUCCUUACCACCUUCAUCUUCUUCUGAUGAAAAUGAAAGCAGUGGUAAUGAUGACACAGAUUAUCAACCAGGAAGAAAGAGAAAGUACUCCUCUGCAGGAAAAAAACAGUCAUCACAAACAAAAAAAUCAUCUUUAACUAUUAAUAUAAACAAGUGUUAUAAAUAUUCAGAGCUAUCCUUAAAAGAAUUUAAAUUUUGUCAUGCUAUAGGUUUUGGACAAUCUGGAACAGUACAUCUUGUUUUUUAUCAAGGUCGACAAAUAGCUCUUAAAAUCAGUGACUUAUCUAAACAUCCAGAACUAUUAUCUGAAUUACAAAAUGAAGUACAUAUUUAUGAAAAGCUUCAGAAGCAGCAAGCUAUUUUGGCUUUAAAUGAAAUUCAUCGACAUAAGGUUUUACAUAAUGAUAUUAGAAAAGAAACAUCAUGA